GCUUCUCGGCUGCGAGUCUAUGGUGCGGGGAAGGCUGGCCUUCUGCCUCUCAUAGGAUCCCCCGGUUGUGUUUCUUCCGGGGUGGGCGGAGGCGCUGAUGAUGAUGAUGGCGGACGAGGAGGACAGAGGAAGCAGGGAGGGCUGCGCUCCUCGGCUGGGGACGGAAGCCGAAGCCGCGGGGGACGGAGAGCUGCUGGAGUGCGGCGAGCCCUUGGACGCCACUGGCUACGUGCUGUACAGGAACAGGAAGGAAUGGGCUGAUAUUGAGCCAGUUCCACAAGAUGAUGGGCCACAUCCUGUAGUUCAAAUCAUAUAUAGUGAAAAAUUUAAAGAUGUUUAUGAUUACUUCCGGGCUGUUCUGCAACAUGAUGAAAGGAGUGAAAGAGCUUUCAAGUUAACCGGGGAUGCCAUUGAUCUUAAUGCUGCAAACUACACAGUAUGGCAUUUCCGUAGGGUACUUCUGCAGUCCUUGAAGAAAGACUUACACGAGGAACUCAAUUACAUCACCGCUAUCAUUGAAGAUCAGCCAAAGAACUAUCAAGUCUGGCACCACAGGCGGGUUUUGGUAGAGUGGUUGAAGGACCCAUCACAAGAACUUGAAUUCAUCGCAGACAUUCUUAAUCAGGAUGCCAAAAACUACCAUGCUUGGCAACACAGACAAUGGGUCAUUCAGGAGUUUAAGCUGUGGGAUGAUGAACUGGAGUAUGUUGAGCAACUUUUGAAAGAAGAUGUCAGAAAUAAUUCCGUAUGGAACCAAAGAUACUUUGUGAUUUCCAGCACAACUGGUUACAAUGACCCUGCUGUUCUAGAGAGAGAAAUUCAGUACACCCUAGAAAUGAUCAAGAUGGUACCUCAUAAUGAAAGUGCGUGGAAUUACCUGAAAGGGAUUUUGCAAGAUCGUGGCCUUUCAAAAUAUCCAGACCUGCUAGAACAGCUACUGGAAUUGCAGCCAAGUCAUAGUUCCCCCUAUCUAAUUGCCUUCUUGGUGGACAUAUAUGAAGACAUGUUAGAAAACCAGUGUGAAAACAAGGAAGAAACCCUCAACAAAGCAUUAGAGUUGUGUGAAAUCCUUGCUAAGGAAAAAGACAUUAUACGGAAAGAAUACUGGAGAUACAUUGGAAGAUCCCUUAAGAGUAAACACAGCCCAAAUGAGGAGCAGAAUGUGCCAACAGAAAAUGAUCAGCAUUAAUUUCAUGCUAAGGAGAUAUGAUAGAGCAUUCAGCUUCUGUGUAUUUUACAAAAUCUCUAAGCUAGGCUGGCAAUUAAUAGAGUGUUCCCCUUCUUUUCAAAAUAUGUUGUAACUAUACAUUUAUUGCAGAGGCAUUGCUUCUAACCACACUGAGGGUGCAAAGUGUACUGUAUAACAAAACUGACCCAUGGUUAUUGCUGCUGCACACAUUAGCUAUGGGGUAAUCUAAAGCACUGUGCAUUUAAAAAACACUUUGUAAUUACUUGAUUUGUAUCAGAAAGAAAGAAACUUGUUUUUCUAUACAGUAUAUGAAUAAAGCUGUACUAGCAAUUUUACUAUCCUAAAUUUUAAAGUGGCCCUUUUUCUCAAAGUAAGUACACGUGAGACGCUGAAUGUAUUUGUAUUGGACUGCAGAGAUCUUCGGUAUAGCGGACAUACAGGCUAACUUAAGUUACAAAAUGAAGAAUAUGCAGUUAUACAUUGGAGCAGCUAUGCAACACUGACUGUGUUUUCGUUGUAUCCAACUAGUGCCAUCAAUAAUUUGUAAUAAAGAUAUAAAUACUGUACUUGUACAAGAA